CGGGGAUCCCCCGACACCGAGAGCCGGUCUCGGGCAGCCCCGCGGGCUCGGGGAUGCUGUUUCGGGUACCGGUGCCGAGGCACAGCCCCCGGCGGGGCUGACACCGCCUGGGGCUCGGCAGGAUGGAGGUCACGGAUGUCCCCAUGCCUGUCCCCAUGGGUGUCCCUGCGCUGGCCACGGAGCGGAGGUUCGCCCAGCGCCUCAGGGAAUGUCUGGAAGAGGAGCGGCUCUCGGACGGGCGUUUCCAGCUGCAGCGGCUGCCAGGGGGCCGUGUGGCUCUGCCUGUGCUGGAGGAGAAGCUGUCCCAGCUCUGCCUGCCCCCGGAGAUGCCCUGCGAGCUGCUCCGGAUCCAGGUUGGCAGCGCUGCCUCGCCCUGAGCCCUGCGUGGGGCGGUGGCACCCAGCCCCAUGUGCCCCGUCCCUGCUGCAGGAGCCGGUGCCCUCCAGGGCCGCCCGCCGGUGCCCGCCUGCCCGCAGACUGCGGGAUCAGCUGCGGCGGCUGCUGGGGAGCGGCUGGUCGGAGCAGCUGGAGCGGGAUGUGCCCCACGCCUGGCAGAGGCACGGCGACCUGGUGCUGCUGAGCGAGGACAGCUUCAAGGGAGAGCCCUGGGAGAGGCUGGGUAAGGGCGAGCAGGGCCUGCCCGCCCCGCUCCUGCCUGCCGAGCAUCCCCCAAAUGUGCCGCCGUGGUGUGCUGCAGGCCCGGAGCUCUGGGAGACGGUCGCCUCGGCUUUGGGAGCCCGGCGGGUGGCCAGGAGAGGACGGGUGAUGCCGGAUGGGAUGCGGACCCCCCGUGUCACCCUGCUGCUGGGCCAGCACGGCUGGGUGGAGCAUGUGGACAACGGGAUCAGGUGGGCAGGAGCUGCAGGAUGUGGCUGCUCUGGGGAAGGGACUGCCCUCACCCGUGUGGGGUCUUCCAGGUACACCUUUGACGUGACCAAGUGCAUGUUCUCCCCGGGGAACAUCACGGAGAAGCUGCGUGUGGCCUCACUGCCCUGCUCCGGGGAGGUCCUGGUGGAUCUCUAUGCAGGCAUCGGCUAUUUCACACUGCCCUUCCUGGUGCACGCGGGAGCUGCCUUUGUCCAUGCCUGUGAGUGGAACAGCCACGCCGUGGAGGCCCUGCACAGGACCCUGGUGCUGAACGGGGUGCGGGAUCGCUGCCACAUCCACGCCGGGGACAGCCGGCAGCUGCAGCUGCGGGAUGUGGCAGACAGGGUGAACCUGGGGCUGAUUCCCAGCUCGGAGGAAGGCUGGCCGGUGGCCUGCCGCGUCCUGAGGAAGAACACGGGUGGGGUUCUCCACAUCCACCACAAUGUGGAGACUCCCCGUGCGCCGGCCCCGCCGCAGCCCGCGGUGCUGCUGGCUGAGCGCAGCUCUCCAGAGACAGCCAGCUCUGGGGGAGAGGCACAGCAGCCAACAGAGGACGGUGGGGAGGAGACACUGGGGGCCAGGCUCAGACCCGAGUGGCAGAGGUGGGCUGAAGCCACGGCCACACGGAUCCAGGGGCUGCUGGCAGAGCUGCACGGGUGGCCGUGGCGCACCAGUGUCCUGCACGUGGAGGUGGUGAAGUCCUACGCUCCACACGUGCAUCACCUCGUGCUGGACCUCGAGUGCCGGCCACUGCUGCCCGAUUAGCAGGGCAUGGGCACCGCUGGGGCUCCAGCUCCCGUGGAAGGGUGGUGUCGAGCAGCAGGGGCAGGGAGAUGCUUCCAGCAGUGUCCUGCUGCCAGCCCAGAUGUGCCUUAUGUCCCCCGGUUCCCCGGUGGCAGCACUGCCUGGCAGUGCCUCCCCUUGCCCAGGGCACCCAGGGUUGUGCUCCCAUGGCAGAUCCCUUCGGGAUCCAGACAAGGAUGGAGGAAGUUGGGGCUCAGAGUUCCAGUGUUCUGCCCUGGCUCUGCCCAGGUCUUGGACAUGUGGUAGCACCUUGAGCCCCAUUUUCACACAGGAGAGAGCCACAGUGCUGAGAAGCCUUGGGUUCCUGCUGAGUUCAUUUCAGCAGGUCAGGGACAAGCAUUGUGCUUGUGUUUCCCAGCAUGCUUUUUUAAUGUACUGUAAACAGUUCUGUUCAUCUCACUUUCUUCCUAGCUCUUUUUCAGAAAUAAAGAUCUUUCUCAC